AUGCACUGGGAGUGGAAGAAUUGUCCGACGGUGUGGAGAGGCCAAUUUACUAGUGGAUACAAGGGCAGCCACUCGACAAUGAUCCUCGAAGCCAUCGCUGACCAUCGACUUUGGAUCUGGCAUGCUUACUUCGAUAUGGCGGGGUCGAACAACGAUAUCAACGUCCUGAACUCAUCGUAUCUCUUCACCGAGCAAUGCAACGGCAAUGGCCCGACCAUCGAGUUCACUGCAAACGGCCGCAAGCAUCAUAUGGGGUACUACUUGGCCGAUGACAUAUACCCGAGGUGGUCUGUAUUUUUUAAUACAAUCAGCUGCCCAACGGAUCGUCAUCGAGCUUUAUUUGCGCAACGGCAGGAGGCUGCACGGAAGGGUGUGGAACGGGUAUUUGGUGUGCUCCAAGCGUGGUGGGCAACAGUGAAUGGUCCGACGCGUUUCUGGUACAAGGAAGUCAUCGCCGAUGUCAUGUAUGCGUACAUCAUCUUGUAUAACAUGAUAGUCGAGCACGAAGGUGGAAGUGUCACUGAUUGGGGCGAUGAUGAAGCUGGAUCUAGCACGGCGACUCCGCCCCACGUUCGAGGAAGACUGAUGGGCUACAAUGACGUUCUAGCGGCACAGGCCUCAAUGCGCAACCAACAAGACCAUGCUCGGCUCAUGUCCGACAUAGUUGAAGAAAUUUGGGAACGUAACCGCCGCUGA